CUUGUACAAACCACAAAGCAACAUCGUCCUUCAAUGUCAUGAAUGCCGACACCAUCGCACUCGUAUUCCUCCGUGGUAGCUGAGGCCAGAUUUUGACAAUUGCAAGUCGAGAGCAUAUCGCAACGUGUUCCUUGAAGUAGACCACCUUUCGAAGCGUUGGGGCCGUACCUUUCCUCGAGUUCGCCCACACCACAAUUUCACAGGUUCGGACGAUCACAGCAUAGCUUUGUGAUUCUUUGAAAGGCUGAGAAGAAGUUCGUAUCAGUCUGCAAACUCACCAAACAAUGGCAGCGCCACAGGAUGGAUACGGUCAGGGCUAUCCUCCCGCAGAUCAAUAUGCCCAACAGAGCCCUGUGCAACAAGGUUUCGCAGCAACCACAUCUCCACCUCCUCCCGCCGGACAGGAACAUGAGGGCGGGAAGAAAAAGAAGAGAGGAUAUGCGGCGCAAGCUUAUGACUUCGGAGCAGGCGCCAACUCUGCUUUGGGUGGUCAACCUCAAGCUGGGGGAACAUUUCAACCACCAGCUCCAGCGUUUGGCGGAUAUGCUGCUCAACCAGAAGCGCAGCCAGGAUAUGGAGCGCCGCAAUACGGAGGCCAAGUAGGAGGAGCUACCCCAGGAACGCCUGGGUCAGGUUACCCUGCGGCAGCACCCUAUGGAGGCGGUGUGGGGUAUCAAGCUCCAGAACCUGGGUAUCCAGGACCUGGAGCUCCUGCAGCAGGAGGUGUUGGUGGAAUCACUCAGGGAAUGGGCCAGAUGAGCGUUGGGGGGCAGCCACCUCUCCCAGGAGCUCAACCCGGGCAGCCUCAAGCAGGACAGGCUGCUGCUCGCCCCGCCAUUUUGAAUCAAUUAUACCCAACGGACUUGCUCAAUCAGCCUUUCAACGUGGCAGAAUUAGACCUACCUCCUCCUCCCAUUAUUUUGCCUCCCAAUUCAAGCGUCACCCCUUCUCCAGAUGCAAAUUGCCCCCCCAAAUACGUCCGUUCUACUCUUAAUGCGGUUCCUACCACACACUCUCUCCUCAAGAAAUCGAAACUUCCUUUCGCCCUUGUCAUCCAACCAUACACUUCACUCCAUGAUGUCGACGACCCAGUUCCCAUCGUUCAAGAUCAGGUCAUUUCCCGUUGCCGAAGGUGUCGGUCCUAUAUCAAUCCCUAUGUCACCUUCCUUGACCACGGGCACAGGUGGAGAUGCAAUAUGUGCAAUUUGACGAAUGAUGUUCCGCAGGCCUUCGAUUGGGAUGCAGCUGCGCAGAAAAGCGUUGACCGAUGGCAAAGACCUGAACUUAAUCAUGCCGUUGUGGAAUUCGUUGCGCCGCAAGAGUACAUGGUCCGCCCUCCCCAGCCUUUGGUGUACCUUUUCUUGUUCGAUGUCAGCUAUGCCUCCGUAUCAUGUGGUCUUCUUGCUACUAGCGCUAGAACAAUUUUGGACAGCCUUAACAGAAUACCAAACGCCGAUCGAAGGACCCGUGUCGGAUUCAUGGCGGUAGAUUCAAGCCUGCACUAUUUCGCCGUCCCGAAAGAUUCCGAGGAAAACGGAGAGACCCAGAUGCUUGUUGUUAGCGAUCUUGACGAGCCAUUCUUACCCAUUCCACAGGAGCUUUUGGUCCCCUUGUCAGAAAGCAGAUUGAGUGUCGAGAAAUUCUUGCAACAACUUCCCACCAUGUUCCAGAACAACACAAACAAUGGCUCAUGUAUGGGUUCUGCUUUACGCGCUGGACAUAAGCUCAUUUCUCCACUCGGAGGAAAGAUUACCGUUGUCACUGCUUCAUUACCAAAUGUUGGAUACGGAAAGCUGGAAAUGCGCGAGGAUAAGAAACUACUCGGAACCGGCAAGGAAAACAGUCUUCUUCAAACUGGUAACAGUUUCUACAAGAGUUUUGCUGUGGAGUGUUCGAAGAAUCAAGUCUCGAUCGAUAUGUUCCUUUUCUCUUCCCAAUACCAGGACGUGGCGUCUCUCAGCAAUCUUCCGAGAUACACUGGUGGACAAACUUAUUUCUACCCUGGGUGGAAUGCUGGGCGAAGCGAGGAUGCCAUCAAAUUCGCUACCGAAUUCAGUGAUUACCUCUCUGCUGAAAUUGGUCUCGAGGCAGUCCUCCGUGUUCGUGCUACUACUGGUUUGAGAAUGAGCACCUUCUACGGCAAUUUCUUCAACCGCAGCUCGGAUCUCUGUGCUUUCCCCGCUUUCCCAAGAGACCAGAGUUACGUUGUUGAAGUUGCUAUUGACGAAAGCUUGACGAAGAACUUUGUUUGCAUGCAAACUGCCGUCUUGCACACAACAAGCAAUGGAGAACGACGAAUUCGAGUUAUGACUCUCGCUUUACCGACGACAACCAACCUCGCCGAUGUUUAUGCAUCAGCCGACCAGUGCGCCAUCACGACGUUCUUCAGCCACAAGGCUGUUGAGCGAUCCUUGAGCAGCGGGCUCGAGGCGGCCCGUGACGCCCUCCAAUCAAAGCUCAUCGAACUACUCCAAACAUUCAAGAAAGAGCUUGCUGGUGGCAACAUGGGGGGCGGUGGUCUACAGUUCCCUGCGAAUCUUCGCGGGCUGCCUGUUCUAUUCCUCGGUCUCAUUAAGAACGUUGGUCUCCGGAAAUCUGCUCAGAUCCCAUCGGAUCUUCGGUCGGCUGCACUUUGCCAAUUAUCAACUUUACCUCUUCCACUGCUGAUGCAGUAUAUCUACCCAAGACUAUACUCAUUACAUGAUAUGCCUGAUAAUGCUGGCGUCCCAGAUCCAGAGACGGGCCUAAUUGUCCUUCCACCGCCUCACAAUCUUUCCUCGGAGCGACUUGUGCCGUAUGGUCUUUACCUUAUUGAUGACGGCCAAACACAGUUCCUCUGGGUUGGCCGUGAAGCAGUACCCCAAUUGCUGGCAGAUGUCUUCGAUAUCGCGGACCGGACUAAGCUCAAGGUUGGAAAGAGCACGUUGCCGGAAUUGGACAAUGAUUUCAAUGAGCGAAUUCGGGCAGUUGUCCAGAAGAGCAAAGACUACAGGUCUCGAAGCGUUGGCAGCAUCAUCGUACCGCACUUAUAUGUCAUUCGGGAAGAUGGAGACCCAAGCUUGAAGUUGUGGGCGCAGACGUUGUUGGUGGAAGACAGGGCAGAUCAAGGAAUGAGUUUCCAACAAUGGAUGGGCACAUUGAGGGACAAGGUGAGCUAAUCUUGCUGUCGAUUGGAGUCAUGGCCAUAUGCUGAUAUCUCUAGAUCAUUCAAUGAUUUGUUAGUAGCCGACGUCGGGAAGUAAAUCAUGUAGCACCAUAGAAAGAAUAUCCUAGUCACGCAACUGAACU